AUGUUGUGUAACUAUCUCUCGAGUGCGUUGAUCAGUCUAGUCUACGAGAAGGACGUCACCGAGCACAUGAUGGAGAGAGCGGGCGUCUCUGCUGAGGGGGCCCACUUCGAGCUCACCGACGUAUCUGAGCUAUGUGAUGAAGGUUCACAUUCGGGCUCUCCUCAGGAUGACUCUAAUGAACAUGUAUCUCGUAUAAGUGGUCGGAGCGUUCAUUGGGGAGCUUCAGCGGUAAUUGGUGGGAGUACCCAUGCGGUGAAUAACCCUCAGCAAUCGUCCCGUCCUAUGAGCACUGAUCUGGACAGUGGUGUGCUCGCUUCCACCGUCAUCAUAAGAGACACGAGCCCAAGGAACUCUGAUCGUUCUGCCCAUUGA